AUGCGCGAACGUCGGCGAACUGGUUCUCAAUACGAGGGCUGCUCCGUAACUUGGUUCGGUACCGAUCCAUUCAUGAUAAUCAAGUUCAUUAAAAGCCAAUUGCUGGAGAAAUAUCGAUUGCCAACCUUGAAAAUGAUUUUAUCUUGUGGGGCUCAUCUCAGGAAAGAGCAUUUAGAAGUAAUGCGCGAGAAAUUACCUGAUGUUUUCAUCAUUAAUCAUUAUGGAACGACUGAUGUCGCAUGCAAGGUCAGUGCGCAAAAUAAAUUCACGAAACUAGGAUCAGUCGGUCAUGUAUCAUCUAACGUUCGCAUAAAGAUGGUGGAUCUGGACACGGAGGAAGCGCUAGAACCUAACAAGAUCGGAGAGCUACGCGUGAAAGCAAUCACCAUAAUGCAAGGAUAUCACAAGAAUCCGGAAGCAACGAAACAGGCCUUCGAUUCCGACGGUUGGUUCCGCACCGGCGAUCUGGCGUAUUACGACGAUAACGGAGAGAUAUACAUCGUCGACCGGAUAUCCGAUUUCAUCAAUUUUCGAGGCAUCAACGUUUCGCCCGCGGAGAUCGAAACCGUUUUAAUGACUCAUCCCGCAGUGUUCCAAGCGGCGGUGUUAGGGAUACCCAACGAGGUCGACGAGCAACAUCCGAAGGCUUUUGUUGUCCAAGUGCCGAACAAAUCGGUAACGGAGCAGGAGCUUAUCAGCUAUGUGGAGAAAAACUUGCCGGAUUAUUGCAGACUCCGCGGCGGUGUUAAAAUCGUGGACCAA